CUCGGCCCGCCCCUUCCUCCGCGCCGCGCCCGCAGCCGCCGCCGGGGAUCGGGGAUCGGGGAUCGGGGAUCCGGGAUCCGGGAUCGCGGCUCCGCCAUGCCGAAACACGAGUUCUUUGUGGACAUGACCUGUGAGGGCUGCUCCAAUGCGGUCACCCGUGUCCUGCACAGGCUGGGAGGUGUCAGCUUUGAUAUUGACCUGCCCAACAAGAAGGUGUACAUUGACUCAGAGCACAACGUUGACACCCUGUUGGAAACCCUCAAGAAAACUGGAAAAAAUGCUUCCUACCUCGGGGAGAAGUCUGCACAGUAGCCUUGCCUGGUGUGAGGAGCUAGGAACUCACACAUGACUUCAGCAAAAAGAUGGCUUAACUGUUUGCAUGUCUCCCAACUUGCUGUGUCAUUUGACCUUUGCCAGAUGUUGGAAAGCAGAGGGCUGGCAGGAGGAGACAGCUGGGUCUUGGAUUCUAAAAGUGGAGAGGUCUGGAGGAGGAGGUUUCUAGUCCCACAGUAAAUUGAGGCGUUGCUUUUAACUUUCA